AUGCUCGCAAAACCAUUUGUUUUCGUCACCUUAGUCGCAUUGAGCAUUAUUUCUAUUGGGUUCGUACUCUCUGGACUGGCAAGCCCUCUGACUAACGAUUCCCCCCAGCUUCUCAAACGCAACGCCUGCUCAGACGGGCAUUAUUAUAAAAAUCGUAUCAUGGUUAUCCCAUGUAAUGUUUUAGUCAAGGAUUGUAUACUCUCCGUCGGCCGUUAUGUAAUUCCUCAUAAAGCCAUUAGAUUUCAUAAAAAAGAAAUUCAUGUUGAUCUUAAUCAAUGUGACGGUUUCAACUAUAGAAGGCCAUUCACAUAUGUAACGCUUAAAACCCAUGGAUACGGUAUACAUCGUUUGCAUAUCAGGCCUACACACACAAGUUACGAAUAUUCCGAAAGUCAUUCCUCUAGCUCUAGCUCUAGUAGUCAUAGUAAUUUACAUGUCUCUUCGGAUAGUGAUGUUGGUUGUGUUGAUGGUGGAUGUGAUAUUGGAUGCGAUAGCUGUUAA